UCGGAUGGUAGCCGAACUGAUUACACCCUUUCAAGCUUCCAGCUCUUUCUUUGUGGAUUAGCUGCCGGGACGAGUGCUAAAGCAGUCUGUCAUCCGUUAGAUGUGGUCAAAAAGAGGUAUCAGAUUGAAGGUCUACAAAGGGAUCCAAGAUAUGGAGCUCGUGUAGAGCAUCACGCGUACAAAAAUAUGUAUGAUUCCCUCCGACAAAUUUUGCUCACGGAAGGCUGGGCCGGACUUUAUAAGGGCAUUGUCCCAUCAAUUGUCAAAGCUGCACCUGCUGGUGCUGUAACAUUUGUUGCAUUUGAGUCCAUGUCUGAUUGGUUAGAGUCGGUUUUAAAUUGAAUUUAACCAUUUUUUUGGGGGCCUCUCGUCACCUAGUUCUUUUUGGUUUCAUAUUCUUUUGCUCAUCUCAAUAGAGCCCCUCGUAGAGAAGUGUGGCAAGUGUCAUAUUAUUUGAUUGUUGGAUUAUUCACAGGGCAUUAUUCAUAGUACAAAAGACUCAAUUAGCAGAUCGAA